GAAAGACGAGAUCUUGCACAAGGCACUGUGUGCCUGCGCUCCGCAAGGGAAGGGUGACAUGGAGCCUCUCCGGCUGCUCAUCCUGCUCUCUGUCACAGAGCUGUGCCAAGCCCUCAACACCACAGUGUUCCAGGGCCUGGCAGGCCAGUCCCUGCGGGUCUCCUGCCCCUACGACUCCUUGAAGCACUGGGGGAGACGCAAAGCCUGGUGCCGCCAGCUGGGUGAAGGGGACUCGUGCCAGCGGGUGGUCAGCACACACAGCUCGUGGCUGCUGUCCUUUGUGAAGAGGCGGAACGGGAGCACGGCCAUCGCAGAUGACACCCUGGGUGGCACCCUCACCAUUACACUGAAGAAUCUUCAAGCCCAUGACGCUGGCCUCUACCAGUGUCAGAGCCUCCGUGGCAGUGAGGCUGACACCCUCAGGAAAGUCCUAGUGGAGGUACUGGCCGACCCCCUGGAGCGCCAGGAUCCCAGUGAGCUCUGGAUCCCCGAGGACACCCAGGUGGAGCACAGCAUCUCCAGGAGCCUCUCAGAAGAGGAGAUCCCCUUUCCACCCACUUCCGUCCUUUUCCUCCUGGCCUGCAUCUUUCUCAUCAAGCUUCUGGCAGCCAGUGCCCUCUGGACUGUGGCCUGGCAUGGGCAGAAACAAGGGACACUCCUGGCCAGUGGGCCUGACUGUGGCCACGACCCAGGCUACCAGCUCCAGACUCUGACAGGGCUGAGAGACUCCUGAGAGGAGACGACCCCACGUGGGACGAGAGGCCCUGAGAGGUCUGCACACUCGCCCAUCGGCCACCAAGACUCCUGGUUCUGCUUUGGCAAAACACCACUUUGCCUGUGCGCUGCUCCCCCCGACCCCAGGUGUGUGUGUGUGGGUGCGUGUGCGUGGCACGGGAGCCUUGGAGGUGGAAAGAUCAUCUACCCACUUCUAGACGUUGGACAUCAAACAUUUUCACAAAUA